AUGACACGCCGAAAAGUCUUCGAGGGUCGCCGAAUAUGUCUUCGAAAGGCUCCAAAGGAUCACACACUACUUGGGCUUUGUGUUAUGUACUGCGGGACGGGCUAUCGCGGAUUGCAGCUGCAGACCCACGCACCCAUGCACCAUACGGUGGAAGGGGUUUUGAUUCAGGCAUUGAAGGAUGUUGGGCUCGUUGAGGCGAUUGAGCGGGGCCGUGUGCAGGGUGACACGCACCACUUUGCGCGAUCCUGCCGUACAGAUCGUGGUGUGCAUGCGGUGCGGAACAUCAUCUGCCUUUUUGUUCCCACAGAACGACUUGAGCUGUUAGGCGGGUGCGAUAAACUGAAAGAGGCAUUAAACAUGGUACUUCCCUCAACGAUACGGCUGGCGCGGGUGACACCUUUGAUGGGAAAUUUCAUUCCACGCUUUUCGUGUAAUCGGCGUGUGUAUCAUUAUAUAAUACCGGCAUAUGCUCUUGUGGCACCCUGCGACCAUUGGAAGAGUUUUUUUGAGAAAUUUCCCCGGGCGACGGAGUCGCUGCAGCGGUGUGCGGUGGACGGGCGUUCUUAUUUGGAUUUUUCUUCUGUUGAGUCAGAGCCGUGGGCGGCGGUUUUGUCAGCUGCUGUGACACGCGGUAAUGAGCUUCUUCUUCAUUACUUGGUGGGGACGCACCGCUUUCAUAACUUUUCCGUAGAUGUAUCUCAGCGUGGUGGGAGUGCGUGGAACCGCAAGGUUAUUUCACCGAGCAGCAAUGAGGCCGUGCGGUCUGUGUAUCGCUGCGAGAUUGCCCCGCGCGUCUUCUUGCUGCCGCAGACAUCCAUUGGGGUGACUCGGGCGGAGUUUCAAGCCGCCCUUCAGGUGGUGAAGGAUGAUGCUUCCCUUGCAGCGUUGCUGCCGUCGCGGUUGUCAGUGGACGCUUCCGUGGACGGUGUACAAGCUGACGUUCCUUUGCCUUUCGUUGUUUUGCAAAUUGAAGGCAACUCGUUUCUUUUCAAUAUGAUACGGAAAAUUGUUGGCACUUUAAUUGCCCUUUUGCGAGGCGCAAGAGAGACGCUUUUUUUGGAGGCCUUGUCACCUGACCGACGUGUUGUGUGCCCACUGGCCCCCGGGCCGUACUUGUAUCUGUUUCUUUCAACCUACCGCCGCUACGACACGGUUGUGCGUGGCAGCCGCUCGGUGCGUUUCCGGCCCAUCUCGGAGGAGUGGCGUGGCGACGUCGCCCAGGCGGCUGAAACUUUCGCCCGUUCGUCGGUCGCGGCGGACAUCGUUGACCUCGAUUUAAACCGCACCCCGGCCAUUGGCACGCUUCUUGCCGCACGUGACCUCGCACGACGUGUUACGCGUCCGUGCUGGGAAGCAGAGGACUGUCACCUUUCCACCUUAAAAGAAUACCACCCGGCUACAGUGGAGCCACACCCACCUCUCUCAGAGAUGACGGCGUUUCUGCGUUCCCUGCGGGUGCAUAAUUGGAGCAUUGAAGUCAUCAAGGUCGCGGCCCCUGUCUCCUGCGGGCGCAGCGGCGGCCAAAAGGUUUUUGGCGAGGAGGAGGAGCAGAUGAGUAGGGCGAGCAAGCGAGAGAGGGAAGAGGCACGCAAAGAAGAGGUGGCGGCCGGGGAAGAAAGCCUGCCAAGCGUCAAACAGUCGUGUACAGACACGCAUGGGGUCGGCAGUGGCGAAUCUACAGCGUUGCAGACGACUCAGAGUAAUGAUGAGGCCAAUAUCGACCAGAAGCCGAACCCGAAUAAUGACGAUUGCUGUGAUGACGACGACGACGGUUGGAUUUAUGUUGCCCCAACGGAGGAGGCGGCGAGGAUAAAACGCUGCGAGUACCACCAAAGGCGCAAGCAGCGUUCCCGUGCAUGGGAGCACAGCGACACCGCCAUGGAGCGGGCGGUAAACGACUGGAACAGCGAGGGGGGAGGCAGCGAGUAA